AUGAGUAUCGUGUCCACUUUGUUCAGCUUCCCUUUCCUUACGCUGUUGGCAGCAACGGAGACAAUUCUCGGUGUCAAGGUGCUACAGUGCCCCAACAAUCUACAGAGUCGUUUAAUCUUUACGACUGUUGUCGUUCUCAUAAAUUAUGGGUUUGGACUCCUAUUCUGGUUGUUCCUACACCCGCGUUUUCUAAGCCCCCUGCGGCACAUUCCAGGUCCCAGGGCGUUCUUCAGCGAUACCCUUCGAGCCAUAAUUGUCAAAGAUGAACCUUCGGGAAACCGCUUCCUCCGACUGGCGAAGAAGUAUUCAGCACAAGACAUGAUAGUGCUCAAUGUCGCUGCAACCGAGAUAUUCGUCACCAACCCUCGGCUUCUGGCCGACGUGCUGGUCAACAACUGUUACGAUUUCGCCAAGCCAACCAAGGUCAGCUCAUUCCUGCGGCACAUCCUUGGCGACGGCCUCAUCAUCGUGGAAGGAGAUGAACAUAAGUUUCUCCGCAAAAACACCAUGCCUGCUUUCCAAUUCCGGCAUAUCAAGAAUUUGUAUCCAAUGAUGUGGACUAAAGCUGAGGCUCUGGUGAACGCCCUCACCCAGGAAAUUGCUCCAGAUCCCAUCGACGAAGGGCAAGACUCUGCGGUUGUGGAUCUGACAUUCUGGGCCAGCAAAAUCACGCUUGAUAUCAUCGGUGUUGCCGGGUUGGGUCACGACAUGAAUACUAUCGAGAAGUCCGGCGAUCCGCUUCAUGAAAUAUACACGAAACUCCUCGAUCCAACUCCCGAGAAAUUGGUCUACUCAAUGCUUGGCUUGAUGUUUGGCAUGAGAUUUGCUAAUAAGGCAAGCAGACACGAGACUACCGCAUCGGCCUUGACAUGGGCCUGUUACCUGCUAGCGAAGCAGCCGGAAAUUCAGAGGAAAGUCAGAGAAGAAGUCCUCGAGAGUAUCACACCGGGCGUCACCGGCGGGCUCAUAUCUGACCUUGCUGGUAAUUUGGAGCAGUUGCCUUAUCUCAAUGGCACCAUCAACGAAACACUGCGCCUAUACCCUACAGUGCCCAUGAUACAGCGACAAGCGAUCAGAGACACACAGAUCGGAAAGCAAUUCAUCCCAAAGGGUACAACCAUAGCCAUUUCCAUCUGGUACGUUAACCGCUGUCCUGAUUUCUGGGGCCCGGACGCGUGCGAGUUCCGACCGGAGAGAUGGGUCACGAACGACCUGAAGCCGAACAAGAACGGGGGAGCGAGCAGCAACUACGAUUUUUUGACAUUUUCGCGCGGACCGCGCAACUGCAUCGGCCAGGGAUUUGCAAAAGCGGAGAUGCGAUGUCUUUUGGCGGCCAUGGCUAUGUCUUUCACAUGGGAUUUGGCCAUGGACGAUAAAAAGGUAGUGCCAAGGGGCGUCAUCACCAUCAAGCCGGAGAACGGGAUGUACUUGAGGCUGACGCCCCUGCGAAAGAAUACUUCUUAG